UGAUGCAUACUGAUGUUUAGGUAUGUUUUUCUCAGAAAUGAGUAUUAUUGCGAACUUCAGAAUUUAAUGCACAGACACACUGCUGCUGUGAGAAACACACACACGCCCUGCAUGAGAAACAUCGUGUGAAGGAGGAAAUGAGUCGGUCGUGAAGAAAUGAACAGGAAGAUGUGUGUGACACAGACGAGCAGCAGCAGGAUGGAGAAGCUCGGCUUGAUUCUCUUCAUGUGGGCGUCUCUUUCUGAAGCCUUCAACAUCGACACUGAACAUCCAGUGAGGUUUAACGGCACGCCAGAAGAUUUCUUUGGUUACAGCCUCUAUCAGACAGAGUUUGGAAGCAGGAAGCAGAUUAUUGUUGGAGCUCCAUUAGAAGGGAACAAUACAGGGGAGAUGUACAGCUGCUCUUUAGAUCCACAGUCCUGCACACGGCUGCAGCGGUCAGGUUCAGAGAACAUCCGCUUCUUCAGCAUGUCUGCCGCUGUGUCAUCUGCUGCUCUGAUCAGCUGCAGUCCAUAUUUGUCUCAUGAGUGUGAUGGAAACUCGUAUCUGAACGGCGUUUGCUACCAGUUUAACAGCAGCUUAAAGCCCAUCUCCAGCUUCACCGCCGCUUACCAAGAAUGCACCAAGAGAGAAGUCAGUCUGGUGUUUCUCUUUGAUGGAUCCAGCAGUAUGAAAACAUCCGAGUUUGAAAUGAACAAAAACUUCAUCAAAGAUGUUAUGAAAAAGCUUUCAAACUCAUCCAUAAAGUUUGCUGCUGUCCAGUUUUCAAACGACCCUCGAACUGUGUUUGACUUCAAUGAUUAUCAGAAUGGACUCGCUGAGAAUAAACUCAUGAAAGAGAAACAUAUGAAAGCUCUCACAAACACACACAAAGCAAUCGACUACGUUCUAAAUAAUCUGCUGAAUAAUGUGUCUUCUGGAGCCAAUCUCAACGCUCAGAAAGCUCUGGUGAUCAUCACAGAUGGAGACCCCUCUGAUUAUGAUGAUUAUAAUGUCCUCAGCAAAAGUAAUGAGCAGAAUAUCCUCCGUUACAUCAUCGGGGUGGGAAGUGUCAGUAUAUCCAGACUCACUCACCUGGCAUCAGAACCAAAGCUUAACAACACCUUCUUCAUUAAAGACUACGGUGGACUCCAAGGACUUCUUGACAACCUGCAAAAAAAGAUCUACAACAUUGAAGGGUCAAAGGAAGGACAAGGCAGAGACAGACUGAAAGAGUUAUCACAGAGUGGAUUCAGUGUGGUCUACCAGAAAGACACUGUGAUCGUGGGUUCAGUCGGAUCCAAUGACUGGCGUGGAUCUCUGUAUGAAGUGAUGGGAUCAGGAUCCGAAUUCAGAGAGAUCAUGGAUCCUGCUGUAAAUAAAGACUCGUACUUGGGUUACUCUACUGUUCUGGGAAUGAGAAACAACGUCUCUCUUCUGGUCUCUGGAGCGCCGCGGGCCGAACACAGAGGUCUGGUGACCUUCUUUACCAAGAACCAAAGCACAUGGACAGUGAAGAGGAACAUAAGUGGAGAACAAAUUGGCUCAUAUUUUGGAGCGUCUCUGAGUCUGUUGGAUGUGGACUCUGAUGGAGAUUCAGAUUUCCUUCUGGUUGGAGCUCCAUUAUUUUACCGGUCUCAGCCGAGAGCUGAAGGGAGACUUUACAUCUAUUCUUUAUCAGAGCAGUAUUUUAAGAAGAUGCUGAAUGUGAGAGAACCCACCACAGGCAGGUUUGCUGCAUCGGUGGCUUCACUAAAGGACCUGAAUGGAGACAGUCUGUCAGAUGUGGCGGUCGGAGCGCCGCUGGAGAAUGAAGGAGUCGUCUACAUCUAUCUGGGCCACAGGACUCAUGGAAUAAACCCUGAACACGCUCCUCAGCGGAUCCCAGCGCGAUCAGUUCUGCCCGGUCUGCAGCAGUUCGGAGUGUCUCUAUCCGGUCAGAUGGACAUGAACAAUGAUAAUCUGACAGAUAUCGUGAUCGGAGCACAAGGAGGAGUUGUCCUGCUCAAAGCUCGGCCUGUGAUGUCUGUAUCUGCGCAGCUCAGUUUCAGUCCAAAGCAAAUCAGCUUGAACUACUUUGAAUGUCCGAGUGACAAGAAAUUUAAUGCAUCUCAUCUCAAGAUAUGUUUCACAGUAAACGAGUGCACUACUAGCAAAGGAUAUCUGGAGAGGAAGCUAAACGUUUCUCUGAAUCUGAAUGUGGAUGUGGUUCGACAAAUUAGUCGAGGAUUCUUCGAUCCGAAGGAUUCAUCGUCUAGGACUCUUCAGCAGUUUGUUUUGCUGAAUUCUGGGUCUUCCUGUUUUAAUUUCGCCAUCUUUAUGAUGCACUGUGUUGCAGACACCGUCUCUCCUCUGAAGAUACGAAUGAAUUUCUCACAAACUGAGAUGUUGUCUGACAACUUUAUGGCUAUUCUUGAUGUUCACAGCAGGACGGAGGAGUAUGUCGAGGUGCCGUUUCAAAAGAACUGUAAUUCAAACAACAGCUGUGUGGCCGAUCUGAAGCUGAACUUCCAUUUUAUGAACGGCACAUUAGUGUUGUUGAAUCAAGCUCAUUUCAGCAUCCUUGUAUUGCUGGAAAACCCAGGAGACGACUCCUUCAACACCAGUUUAGUCCUGCAUUACCCAGAAGGCCUCUCGCUUUCAAAAUUUGAGGCUAUUAAGCCGAGUCGGACUCGAAGCAGCUGUGGUGAUCGGGACAGCGGUGUUACGAACAGAACAACCUGCAGCAUCAAUCUACCGGUGUACCGCAGCGGCACCACGACUCAGUUUCUGGGAACUUUUCGUGUGACGAAAUGGGAUAACAACUGGACUGAGCGGAUGGAGAUGAUGAUCACUGCCACCAGUGAUAACAAUGGAAACACGAGUGACACAGCAGUGAGGAGGAGCAUCCCGGUGCAGUUCUCUGUUGAUCUGGCGAUCAGUCUAGCGGCUGAAAACUCUGUGACGUUUCUGAACUUCUCUCUGGAGGACAGAGGUCCAAAAAACCUCAGCAUCGUCUACAAGGUGGAGAAUCUGGGUAUUAAAGGUCUCCCGGUGUCGGUCUCACUCACCCUGUCCUGUCAAACUACAGAAGUGACUUUAACACCUCACACAUUCAUCUUAAUGGAGAACUCAGUGCAGUGCAAGAAGUCAGAUCGACAGUUUCAGGACGGUCACUGCGGGAAGUUUGAGUGUCCUCAGUUUGAUCUGCAGAAAGGUUCAAACGUUCACUUCAUACUGACCGCAGACGCAUACAUGAAGAAUAAUGAGAGCAGAUAUUCCUUCCAGGAGUUCAGGAGAGAUUACGUGUUCAACAUCAGCGCUGAGCUCCACUACAACACCAGCCGUUACAACCAGACCUCAACCGGCCUGAAGAUCAAUCCUCACAGAUCCCAGACUGCAGUGAAGAUGGAGUUUGUGGUUCCUCCCAGUCUACUGCUGAUCGUCUGCACUGGUGGAGGGGGCGGAGUCAUCUUACUCAUUAUCAUAAUAAUCCUGCUGCUGAAGUGUGGGUUUUUCAAACGAGAUCGCCCUGGAGAGUUUCAUCAAGGGAAUGAAAAUGUCAGUGUGGUUGAAGACGAUCCUCUGAUAAAUACUAAAGAAAAAGGUGAGGACAGCAGCAAAGAGAAAGAGAAAGAGAAAGAGAAAGAGAAUGGAGUGAAUGAGAAGUCCUGAGCCUCCAAAAAUCUCUCCUUAUUUCAACUCAACAAAAGAGGCCUGUUUCGUAUUGUUUUUAUUCUUUAUUUCUCCCUUUCAGAAUAAAGAACUCAUGACAAAUAGAAAGGUAUAAACAGGACGUACACAUACCCUGCUCCUGAGUGAUUCGAUUUCGAUCAGAUUCUUUCGUACAAGGUUAUGUCAAGAGUUACAUAUAAGACACAGGGUUCAUUUACUUAUGACUACACUUCUUUUCUUCUCAGCAUGAUGACUUUUUCAUAGAUUGUAGUCCUCAAGAAAGGAUCGGCCCUUCCAUGCUUUACACAUCAUUUACAAUUUCUUGGGGGAUCUUCCUUGAAUCAUUUCCUUGUAAUGGCCUUCUUACUGGUGGCUAAUAAUAUAUUAAUCAGAUGUCCUUCUGUGUUAUUUUUGAAGAUAUUAGUUAUUUAGACUAAACUGAAAUACGUUUCUUAUUCUGCUUCUUUUUAUCUGCAAAUAUAUGUAUUAUUGUUAAUACUGUAUCUUUUGCAUCUUAUAUAUUGUUAUUAAAUACUAUCAAAGAAGAACCGAAAAAAUCAAGUUGUUGGAAGCUCUUUUUAAAUCUUAGAUCCAGUCUUUCUGGUUUGAACUGUAGAUGAUUUUCUACCCAUCUCAGUAUCCUUCCUUUUUUUUUUAGUUUUAGGAUAAUUUCUUUACCAAAGGGUUAAAUUCAUGUAACUUUAACUGCUGAAAGUUUCUGUCUAUGUAGCAAGAGGUCAUUAAAGCUGUUCAAGAUCUUUGCCCAGUAUUCA